AUGGAAAUCGCAGAGGAUGCAGAUAGUUUGCGGUCCCAGGAGCGAGAGAAUAUCAUCAUGAACUAUGAGAAGGGACACCGAGCUGGGCUGCCAGAGGACAUUGGGCCUGAGCCUGUUGGAAUCUACAACAUUGAUCGCUUUGGGAUUGUGCAUGAGACAGAGCUGCCUCCUGACACUGCUCGUGAGGAGAAGCAAAUGCGGCGGGAGAUAACACGAAAGAGCAAGUGGAUGGAAAUGCUGGGACAGUGGGAGACAUAUAAGAACAGUAAAAAGGUCAUGAAGGAGAGGGGGAAGAGGUCAUCUGAACACAUCCACCAGAUCGAUGUGGACAUAAGCAAGACACUAAGGACUCACAUCUUCUUCAGGGAUCGAUACGGAACCAAGCAGCGGGAACUAUUCUACAUCCUCCUGGCAUAUUCGGAGUAUAACCCGGAGGUGGGCUACUGCAGGGACCUGAGCCCCAUCGCGGCCUUGUUCCUCCUGUAUCUGCCUGAAGAGGAUGCAUUCUGGGCACUGGUGCAGCUGCUGGCCAGGGAGAGGCACUCCCUGCAGGGAUUCCACAGCCCAAAUGGUCACUGACUCUAGGGACUGAAGCCCCAGUGGGCUCAGCUCGAGCCACCAGUCCCAGCCUGGAAGGGCUACAGUCUCCCACACCUGCUAUCCCCACAGAUCUCUCUCGGGCUCACCCUACGCCUGUGGGACGUGUAUUUGCUGGAAGGAGAACAGGUGUUGAUGCCGAUGAGAAGCAUUGCCUUUAAAGUUCAGUGGAAGCGCCUCACGAAGACGUCCAGGUGUGGCCUGUGGGCACGGUUUCGGAACCAGUUCUUCCACACCUGGGAGUUGGAUGAUGACGCUGUGCUCAAGCAUCUAAGGGCCUCUAUGAAGAAACUAACAAGGAAGCAAGGGGACCUGCCACCCCCAGCCAAACCGGAGCAAGGGUUCUCGGCACCUAGGCCUGUGCGGGCUUCAAGUGGAAGGACGACCCUCUGCAAGGGGGACAGGCAGGCCCCUCCAGGCCCACCAGCCCGGUUCCAGCGGCCCAUUUGGUUAGUUUACCCACCGUGGGCACCUUGUUCUUCCACAUCCUGUCCUGGUGUGGCUGUCCGGGAAGAUAUCUACCCUGUGGACACUCAGCGUGUGCCCAGCCCGGCCCCGGCUCAGGGAAGACCUCAGGGUUCCUGGAGAUUCCUGGAGUGGAACUCGAUGCCCCGGCUCCCGACGGACUUGGAUAUAGGGGGCCCUUGGUUCCCGCAUUAUGAUUUUGAACAGAGCUGCUGGGUCCGCGUCCCUUCUGAACAACCCGAGCCAGCUUCACAUCCUCAUUUUAUUUUUUGUUAA